ACCUUUCUAAAGAAUCCUUCUUGUUGUCAAGCAAACAGACUUUUCUGUCUGUCCCUUUCCUGACUGACCCACGUCUGGCCCUAGCCACGCCUCAGCGUUUAUCACCGCCCGAUAGUGGCGGCCCUCUCUGCAAAUUCUCCCCUCCAAGAAACGCAGCCCACUUCGAGAACCGAUCCCACUUCUCUCCCUCUCACCACCCUACUCUGACCUUUCUCUCCAUCUCACCUCCCCCAAAACACCCCCAUCACAUCACCUAGAAUGAGUGUCGUCGGCAUAGAUUUCGGUGCCCAGAGCACCAAGGUCGGUGUUGCCCGGAAUAAGGGUAUUGACAUUAUUACCAAUGAGGUUUCCAACAGAUCUACUCCGACUCUGGUCGGUUUCGGUACCAAGAGCAGGCAUCUUGGAGAGGCAGCAAAGACACAAGAGACCUCCAACCUCAAGAACACCGUCGGCUCUCUGAAGCGCCUGAUUGGUCGUUCCUUCAGCGACCCGGAUGUCCAGGUUGAGCAGCAGUACAACACCGCUCCUCUCUGCGACGUCAACGGCCAGGCUGGUGUUGAGGUCAACUUCCUCGGCAAGAAGGAGAAAUUCACCGCCACGCAGCUGGUCGCCAUGUACCUGGGCAAGAUCCGGGACAUUGCCGCCAAGGAGCUGAAGCUGCCCGUCUCCGACGUGGUCAUCAGCGUCCCCGCCUGGUUCACCGACAUCCAGCGCCGGGCGAUGCUCGACGCCGGUGAGAUUGCCGGCCUGAAGGUUCUUAGACUCAUCAACGAUACUACUGCCACCGCUCUGGGUUAUGGUAUCACCAAGCUUGACCUCCCGGGCCCCGAGGAGAAGCCCCGCCGGGUGGUGUUCGUCGAUAUCGGCCACAGCAACUACACCGCCUCGGUGGUCGAAUUCCGCAAGGGCGAGCUUAACGUCAAGGCAACGGCCUACGACCGCCACUUUGGUGGUCGUAACUUCGACAAGGCCCUGACUGACCACUUCGCCGACGAGUUCAAGGAGAAGUUCAAGAUCGACAUCCGCUCGAACCCCAAGGCGUGGGCUCGUACCCUGGCCGCCGCCGAGAAGCUCAAGAAGGUCCUCUCCGCGAACCCUUCGGCACCCCUGAGCAUCGAGUCCCUCAUGGAGGACAUCGAUGUCCGCGCCCUCGUCAAGCGUGAGGAGAUGGAGGCUAUGGUCAAGCCUCUUGUGGACCGCAUCCUUGUCCCCAUCGAGCAGGCGCUCGCCGAGGCCAAGCUCAAGCCCGAGGAUAUCGACGCCAUCGAGAUGGUCGGUGGCUGCACGCGUGUCCCCGUCAUCAAGGAGGCCAUCGGCAACUUCUUCGGCAAGCCCCUGUCCUUCACCCUCAACCAGGACGAGGCCAUUGCCCGUGGUUCUGCCUUCAGCUGCGCCAUCCUGUCUCCCGUCUUCCGGGUGCGCGACUUCUCCGUCCACGACAUCGUCAACUACCCGAUCGAGUUCACCUGGGAGCAGUCGGCCGACAUCCCCGACGAGGACACCAGCCUCACCGUCUUCAACCGGGGCAACGUCAUGCCGUCCACCAAGAUCCUCACCUUCUACCGCAAGCAGCCCUUUGACCUUGAGGCUCGCUAUGCCAAGCCCGACAUGCUUCCCGGCAAGGUCAACCCUUGGGUCGGUCGUUUCUCCAUCAAGGGCGUUCAGGCCGAUGCCAACAACGACUUCAUGAUCUGCAAGCUCAAGGCUCGCCUCAACCUGCACGGUAUCCUGAACCUCGAGUCUGGAUACUAUGUCGAGGAUGUUGAGGUUGAAGAGCCCGUUGAGGAGGAGGGCGACAAGAAGGAGGGCGAUGCCAUGGACACCGAUGACAAGCCCAAGAAGACCCGCAAAGUCAAGAAGCAGGUCCGCAAGGGUGACCUACCCAUCUCGACUGGCACCUCUGCCCUGGACCAGAGCGUCAAGGAUGCCUGGAUUGAGCGCGAGAACGCCAUGUACAUGGAGGAUAAGCUCGUGGCUGAGACUGAUGAGAAGAAGAACGAGCUCGAGUCAUUCAUUUACGAGCUGCGUGACAAGCUUGACGGCAUCUACGCCGAGUUUGCCAACGAGGAGGAGAAGGAUAAGCUUCGGGCCAAGCUGACUGACAGCGAGGACUGGCUCUAUGAGGAGGGCGAGGACACCACCAAGUCCGUGUACGUCGCCAAGAUGGACGAGAUCCGCUUCAUUGCCGGCCCCAUCAUCCAGCGCUACCGGGAGAAGGCCGAUGCCGAGCGCCAGGCCGUGCAGAAGGCGCAAGAAGAAGAGGCCGCCCGAAAGCGUGCCGAGAUCGAGGCCAAGCGCAAGGCCGAGGAGGAGGCCAAGAAGGCCGAGGAGGCCAGCAAGACCGCCGACACGGACAUGAAGGACGCUUCUGCUGAAGGCGAGGCCCCCGCCGCCCAGGAGACUGAAGAGAAGCAGUAAAAAAAAACAAUAAAUAAAAGAAAAUGCUUCUCUCUUUCUCUUGUCUUGAUGAUGGCUUCCGCAUGAUAUAGAAUAUGCUGCGUGAUGAGAAAACGGACUCGAUCGAUACAAUCAAAUCUUUUCUUACUUUCAAUUUCUUUUUAUACUUCUUUCCCCCUACCAUCUGAUUCCUUCUUUCUUCUUUUUUUUUUUUGAACCAACCCCUUCGAUGAUAUAAUUGACAACCUGACCGCUACUGGUUGUAGAUCGCAUGUCUCUACAUUCUAUUCUCUCCCGAUUAAAUUGGUUCGACU